AUGUCGCUCGGACCUGGACGGCCGUCGGGCGACUCGCGCAUCACAUACCGCCAUGCUGGAAUCUUGCUCGCACUCGCGCGCCUUGCCUACAUGGCGCCGACUGGACGCGCUAGAACUGCCAUUCUUUCCUAUAAGCAAAACCUGCUACUGCUUGCCAAGCACUUCUUGCAAUGCCGUCCUUGUACGAGUAGCACCGGUAGUUCGACUGUCUGGCACACUGAAUCCUAA